AUACACCUGACAUUCCAUACAAGCCUGCUAAGGCCUUAUGUCCACAGUGACAAAGUACUCUUCCCAGGAAGAGAUCUGGAUACUGUUUAUGGUAAUGCACUGGAUGGUGAACAGAUUGUCGAGUUGAUCGAUGAUCAUCAUUGGAGGCAACACAAGUUGCAUUUCCACUUUAUUUGGUCUGACGGGGACCAAUCGUGGGAGUCUGCCAGUAAGGCAGACCGACUCACCCAAUUGGAUGAGUAUUUGGAGCUUCAGGGCAUGAAGACUCCAGAGGAGCUUCCAAAAAGGAAUGCUCAGGGAUAA